AUGAAAUCUCCUGGAAUUAAAUUCCACGCUGUUCACGGCGGUGCAAUUCGCCUUGAAGCGGACAAAACUGUUGCAAUUAGGAAGAAGGGAUUCUGCGAUGGCAUAACGUUUAGCAAUAAACCUGUGAAAGUAGGGCAAUGCUACUCCUUGAAACUGACGUAUGCCCAACAGUGGAGUGGAGCUUUGAGACUCGGAGUAACGAUUCAUGAUCCAUCAAGCUUCAGCCCCUCAGAUUCUGCAAAUUUCGGACCCCUGCCAAAAUAUGCAUGUCCCGACUUGUUGUCAUUGGAAGGAUUUUGGGCCAAACCGGUCAGGGAAGAAUAUGUGUCUUGUGAAUCAGGCUCCAAGGUGACUUUCCAACUCACAUCGAGCGGAAGACUUUUGUUGUUUGUGAACAACAAGCUGAAAGGAGCUCAUCUUACUGGACUGCCGGUGAACGUACCUUUGUGGGCCAUCAUUGAUGUUUACGGGACAACAAACUCCGUUCAUAUUCUUCCUGAAGGAGAUGUUCCAGUUGAAGUUAUUGCCCGGGGGCCAAAAUUCCUUGAUGCCUACAAACGAGCUAUGGCGAAUGGAACAGCUCCGUUGAGACAUUUCCGACUUUAUCUAGUGGGAAAGGAAGGGGUUGGCAAAACAAGUCUCGCACGGGCAUUGGUGGGAUUGAAAUUCGACCCUGAUGAACCUCCGACUCCGGGGUUGGAUUGCAGUACGACUUGUGAGGCUGAUGUUGGAUCACUGGAUGCUUGGAAGCAAGUUAAAAUCCUGUCCAAAGUUGUAACGGAAACUGCUGAUUCAGAGGACACGGAAUCCAUUUUGACUGACUGUCCAGAAACUGUGGAAGAACAAGAGCUCCUGUAUUCAAUCGCUCGGAACAUCGUCUGGGAAAUGAAGUACUCCAACAAGCCUAGCAAUAAACCGUCGUCACCUUCGCGAGACAUUGGUUGGAGUAUCGUGUCAACUGAAGAUGACCUAGCAACUGUGGACAACAAUCAGAACCUCAAACACAAAGGCAAAGUUUUGCUCAAAAACGAAUCCGCAGCCAACAGCAACAACAAACUCAAAGGAAACACGUUCCGAAAUUUUGUCAAGCGUCAUCAAAGCAUCACUCCUAUUGGAAGCGGUUCAAAAACAGCCUCGCAAGAUUGGCAUCUCCCUCUGGCCGAGAUUUCGCAGAAAAUCGUGCACGCGAUCGAAGAUCUCCAACGAGACUUGAAAGAGUUCGAGGAGAACAACAACAAGACUGGAGUGAAUGAGAAAUUCCCCACUGAUUUCGGCGACAGCGAACGGAAGCAGAUAAUUUUCGACAUUUGGGACAUGUCGGGGAACUACAUUUAUUACCCUGCCUUGCUUUCCUGUUUGGUACACAGGGCCGUUUACUUGGUGGUGUUUGAUCUUGCUAGCGAUUUUGAUGCCCUUGCUUCGUGCGUCGUCGGGCAGAGGAGAUAUUCCAGGGAGUGGUGCGAUAGUCGAACUCCGUCGAAUGAAGGCGCAGACGAAGGAAGAAGCAGCAACAGUUGUUCCACUGCCUGCGGCACUGACUGGGAGAUGACCAAUUUGGAUUACAUCAAACAUUGGCUAGAAAGCAUUUUCGCACAUGCCACUGCAUCCGUAGUGAAAGAAGAAGCACCUGCGGAUGCCUUACCAGCCUCUGCCAAAUCCCAUCGCGAAAGGGACUCCAUGUUGGGCCCCGCCGACUCUUUGCCCAUGAUUUUCAUCGUCGGCACUCACAGCAAUGCUCUGAAAAUAAUCGACACCGAAACCAGAGACAAAUUGGUGAAAGAUAAGUUCAGCCGGAUCAAAGAGACCAUUUCGGGUCAGCCAUAUGAAAUGCUGGUGAAUCAGGAGUUUUUGGCGAUUGAUUGUGAUUCGGAAGACGGUUCCAGUCCGGAAGAUGUGAACAUUGGGACGCUCAGGCAAAAGUUGAGCGAAGCCGGUUGGAAAAUGCAGUUCAACAGUCAGCAAGUGCCUCUGACGUGGCUUCAACUUCGCGCAACUCUGGCGGCUUCCGCGCAUGAUGGCGUCAGCUUCUUGAGUUUCGAUCAGGUGAGGCAACUGAACGAAGAAAACCGCGGAGGUGCGUUCAUACAACCCCGCCCUGUUAUUUCACACAUGGAACAAGAUUUGGAUUUGUGGACUGCACUCGAUUUUCUUCAUGAUGUCGGGUCCAUCACUGUGUGCCACAUCAAUAACAGCGAUGCCUCGGGUAUGACGUCUAUGUCGCCGGAGGUGUCAUCUAUGUCAGAUAUUAGCAAUGCUACGCCCUUGAUCGUUCUCAAACCUGGCUGGCUUGUGCACACCUUGGCUGCUUUGCUUCACCCUGAACUUACAACUGCUUUAAGCAAGGCCCAAGCGUGGGGUGUUAAUAACAGGUCAUUUGAUGAAGAAAGUCAUGUCUCUGGGAAUGAGCCUGAAGCAGUUUGGACAAAUGAGUACCCAAACUGUGAAUACCCAGGUCUAAGUAAAAUGAGACACAACAACAAAUCUGUCCUGACCCUGGAAGAGAGCAUUGCCAAGUUUUCUCAGCAAUGGACCAGACUGGAAAGAGAUGGAGUAUUAGAGCAAUGCCUCUACCAGCAACUUUUUCAAGGAGAAAACUGGGUGCAGGAAUCCAUUUUGGCUCUUCUUGCACAUCAUGAUGUCUUGGCUUUUGCUGGGAAUGGCUUUGGCGCAGGUUUUCAACAUUGCAAUCAGUCUGCUUGCAGAAGAAUGUUUUAUGUUCCGAGCAGAAUUUUUCUCGCGUUUCCUCCUGAAAGGCUUUUGCAAGAUGGCGAAGAAGACGUUGUGUUCUAUCUACACUUCAACAACUUUUUCUCUGACUCACUAUUUUCUCGGAUUGUUUCAAGAGUGAUUCAAUGGAGUCAAGAAUCUGGUUGUGCGGCUGCGAAAAAGCCGGUGUUGUUUUUCAGAGCUGCGGUUGUUUGGCUUGAAGGUGGUCACACUUUGGUUCUUGUCAUGUCUGCUUUGAGGUAUUCCAGGAUCAAGAUGCGACUCACAAGACAAACUCAUCUUGAUGACUUCGGGUAUGAUUUGAAUGCGAGUUGCCGAUCAGGGAUGUCAAUGGGGCUCAGGAACAGCAGAAGACCUCUUCAAAGGGAUCCUUGUUUCAAUGGGUUGCCAAAACCUGCCCCACAAAUUUGUGCUAAGGUGCGUCACAUGCUGGAGUCACAGCUUCUGCAAAUCAAGCAAUCGUGCAUCAGAAGAUUAUCUUAUCGCUUUCUGGUCAAGUGCCCUUGCGACAAAGCCUGUGAUUUGCACCGGAAACGGUGUUGCGCUGAUGAGAACUGUCUUCAUUUCCUGUUCCUGGACGACUGUCUCAAUUCCUCAGUGUUGCCGUGUGAUUACAGAAGGAUCAAGACGGAACCCUUCCGUCUUUGGUUCCCAACCUCGCCCAAGAGACAAGUUUCGAAUAGACACAGGUCGGGGACAGCUUCGAGUACCCACCAGCUGUGGAUGGAAGACGGAGGUGUGGGAAAAGAAGCUGGCCCAAGGGAUCCCUCCAAGUUCUGGGAUCCUCCUUCAGUAGACAGGGCUGUCUUGGCCAUUCCUGAUCACCUGUUGCCCGACUGGGUGACCACAGUGGCCAAAAUGCUGCUUGGGAGUCCCGAGGGCAGUGAUUGGAAUGCACUCGGGAUUCAGCUGGGUUAUAAAAGGGGAAAGUUGGAACAAUUGGAAGAGGCAGUGAAUCCAGCAUUGGUUCUCCUCAAGGAUUGGUUCUCAGUCUCAGGUAAUUCAUUUUUCUGUCUGGAAACCCUGGUGGGAUGCCUGGAGCAAAUGAAUAGACAGGACAUUGCAGCCAUCAUCAAGAGGAAUUCCAUUAUAGGUUCCCCAAUCAGCCCACCUCCAGAUGUCUUCUUAUCUUAUGACUGGGAAUCUCAGGAUGAUGUUCUGUUGAUUAGAACAAGCAUGGAGAAACUAGGGUAUGUGUGUUGGAUGGAUGUUGGACAAAUGGGUGGAGGAGAUUCUCUGUACACCAGGAUUUACCAAGGCAUUUCCCAAGCCAAAGUAUUUUUAUGCUUUGUUACACCAAGGUAUUCAGUCAGUCAGUGGACCAGAAGGGAGGUGAGUCUUGCAGAUGUGAUGAGGAAGCCAAUAUUACCUGUGAUGCUGACUCCUACUCCUUGGCCUCCACCUGGACCUUUGGCAGUUGUCUUGUCCCACCUUGUUUUCAUUGAUAUGAGUGGAAUGGGAGGACAUGGCGGCUCGGGUCGUCAUGGCGACUGGGAAACGCGGUUCAAGGAGAUUGUCUUCCAGGUGUCCACGUACACGAGUCCCAAGCAAGGUGCUCUUCUCACCCCGGCUGUCAGGCCCAAGUCCAAUGUCCAGAUUCUCGAGGUCUCCGACUUUGGUCGAGGGGCGCCUAAAUUCGAGUCAACGGACGGGAUUCCGUCGCUGCCGCAUCUCACUGCUGGUGGCGGUGGCGGCGCUGCUGGGUCUUUGAGCCAAGGAAACGGCGGCGGUCGUGACAACAACGGCGUCCUGAGAAUAAACCCCAACUUGCCGCCGGUUCCGCAGCCGCUUUACAUCGAAGAACGGGAUUCUUCCGCUAGAUUGUCAGCCGCCACCACGACGACCCGCGCGAGGUCUUCAGUCUUCUCCCGGAGAUUCAGUCGUGUUUGUUGCUGGCAUCCGCAUUCUUCCGUCCAUCAUCACGUCAACAACACCUGCUGCAUUCUGUGACACAUCAUUCUAGGAUGGCCAGGGUUUUGGUUUUUGGUGCUCUGAUUUGAAAAUAUUACGAGGGUUGUCCCACUUGGGCGCGACCUUCCUUAUUUCUAGAGUAGGUAUGCCUGUAAAAAUAAAAAAGAUUUUGAUAUAGUCCAUGAUGUUUUAAUGUUCUGGGAUUUUUUCGGAUUUCUGAAAAAUAAAUUUGAUUUAUUGCAUGAUGAUGAGUGAAAGCUUUCCAACCAUGAUGAAACAUUAUCAGUCCAGCUAAAAAGUUGACAUUUGUUGUUAUUUCAUUCAUUGUGUUUUCUAUGCUUUAGAUAAUGGUUGAAACAACAAAGAAAUUUUAAUUUUCAGCUGGCCUGACAAAAUUUUCAGCUCCCUAAAAGAAGUUGAAAUUUUUUUUUUGUCCCAAUCAUCAUCUUAUAUGUAUAGAAAAUAUAAUGGUCGAAUCAACAACAAAUUUCAAUUUUUUUUAAUGGUUCUAAAUAUUUGUUAAGCCAGCUGAAGAUGGACAUUUCUUUGUUGUUUUACUCAAACAUUUUGGAUACUGGUUAAAACAACAGCAAAAUGUCAAUUUUUAGGUUGUCUGAGAAAUAUUCAGCACCUUGAAAAUUGAAAUUUGUUAUUUUGACCAUCAUUCAAAAUGCAUAAAUUAUAAUUGUCAAAACAGCAACAAAUUUCAAUUUUUUAGCUGGCCUGAAAUUUUUUAAGCCCCUAGUAACUAUGGCCUAACAAAUUUCCAACACCUUGAAAAAGUGACAUUUUUGUUGUUUUAAGCAUUUUUGUUUCUAAAUUCUUGAUAAUGGUAAAAAAAAUGAAGAAAUUUGAGUUUUCAGCUGGCC